AUGGAUCUAGUUCAGGUGGAAAGUCAAGCAGCUCUGGAGGACGAGGACAUAGCUCCAGUUCCUCCAGUUCUCAGAGACAUCAAUCUGGCUCUGCCUCUGGCUCAGGCUCUGGGUCAGAAUCCUGUUCAUGCUCAGGCUCAGAAUCGGGCUCAGGUCACUCCUCAGGCUCUAAGGGACAGGGAUCUAGAUCAGGCUCUGGGUCAGAAUCCUGUUCAUGCUCAGGCUCAGAAUCGGGCUCAGGUCACUCCUCAGGCUCUAAGGGACAGGGAUCUAGAUCAGGUCAUUCCUCCCGCUCUGGCAGACAUGGUUCAAGCUCAAGCCAAUCCUCUCACAGAGGACACAGGUCCAGCUCAGGGGAGGAAUCACUCAGGCUCAGGCUCAGGCUCCAAUAAGUCCUCUAGCUCUGGUCAAUAUGGCUCAGGUUCAGGUCACUCAUCAGGCAGCAAGGGACAUGGAUCUAGUUCAGGGAAACAAUCAGGAAGCUCUGGAGCCAAGGGAGGCAGUUCCAGCUCCCAUCAAUCCUCCAGCUCUGGCCAAUAUGGCUCAGGCUCCAAUAAGUCCUCUAGCUCUGGUCAAUAUGGCUCAGGUUCAGGUCACUCAUCAGGCAGCAAGGGACAUGGAUCUAGUUCAGGUCAUUCCUCCCGCUCUGGCAGACAUGGUUCAAGCUCAAGCCAAUCCUCUCAGAGAGGACACAGGUCCAGCUCAGGGGAGGAAUCAGUGAGCUCUGGCCGGAAAGGAAGUAGUAGUGGCAGUUCCCAUCGGUCCUCUAGCAAUACCCAAUAUGGCUCUCAAUCAGGGAGGUCAUCUAGCAGCAAGGGACAUGGAUCUAGUUCAGGGAAACAGUCAGGAAGCUCUGGAGCCAAGGGAGGCAGUUCCAGCUCCCAUCAAUCCUCCAGCUCUGGCCAAUAUGGCUCUGGCUCUAAAAGCUCUAGUUCUGGCUCUGGAUCCUGUUCAGGCUCAGGCUCAGGCUCAGGCUCAGGCUCAGGCUCAGGCUCAGGCUCCAAUAGGUCCUCUAGCUCUGGUCAAUAUGGCUCAGGUUCAGGUCAUUCCUCCCGCUCUGGCAGACAUGGUUCAAGCUCAAGCCAAUCCUCUCAGAGAGGACACAGGUCCAGCUCAGGGGAGGAAUCAGUGAGCUCUGGCCGGAAAGGAAGUAGUAGUGGCAGCUCCCAUCAGUCCUCUAGCUCUAGCCAAUAUGGCUCUCGAUCAGGGAGGUCAUCUAGCAGCAAGGGACAUGGAUCUAGCUCGAAUAAGUCCUCUAGCUCUGGUCAAUAUGGCUCAGGUUCAGGUCACUCAUCAGGCAGCAAGGGACAUGGAUCUAGUUCAGGUGGAAAGUCAAGCAGCUCUGGAGGACGAGGACAUAGCUCCAGUUCCUCCAGUUCUCAGAGACAUCAAUCUGGCUCUGCCUCUGGCUCAGGCUCUGGGUCAGAAUCCUGUUCAUGCUCAGGCUCAGAAUCGGGCUCAGGUCACUCCUCAGGCUCUAAGGGACAGGGAUCUAGAUCAGGUCAUUCCUCCCGCUCUGGCAGACAUGGUUCAAGCUCAAGCCAAUCUUCUCAGAGAGGACACAGGUCCAGCUCAGGGGAGGAAUCAGUGAGCUCUGGCCGGAAAGGAAGUAGUAGUGGCAGCUCCCAUCAGUCCUCUAGCUCUAGCCAAUAUGGCUCUCGAUCAGGGAGACAUGGUUCAAGCUCAAGCCAAUCCUCUCACAGAGGACACAGGUCCAGCUCAGGGGAGGAAUCAGUGAGCUCUGGCCGGAAAGGAAGUAGUAGUGGCAGCUCCCAUCAGUCCUCUAGCUCUAGCCAAUAUGGCUCUCGAUCAGGGAGGUCAUCUAGCAGCAAGGGACAUGGAUCUAGCUCCAAUAGGUCCUCUAGCUCUGGUCAAUAUGGCUCAGGUUCAGGUCACUCAUCAGGCAGCAAGGGACAUGGAUCUAGCUCAGGCUCCAAUAAGUCCUCUAGCUCUGGUCAAUAUGGCUCAGGUUCAGGUCACUCAUCAGGCAGCAAGGGACAUGGAUCUAGUUCAGGUGGAAAGUCAAGCAGCUCUGGAGGACGAGGACAUAGCUCCAGUUCCUCCAGUCACUCCUCAGGCUCUAAGGGACAGGGAUCUAGAUCAGGUCAUUCCUCCCGCUCUGGCAGACAUGGUUCAAGCUCAAGCCAAUCCUCUCAGAGAGGACACAGGUCCAGCUCAGGGGAGGAAUCAGUGAGCUCUGGCCGGAAAGGAAGUAGUAGUGGCAGCUCCCAUCAGUCCUCUAGCUCUAGCCAAUAUGGCUCUCGAUCAGGGAGGUCAUCUAGCAGCAAGGGACAUGGAUCUAGUUCAGGGAAACAUUCAGGAAGCUCUGGAGCCAAGGGAGGCAGUUCCAGCUCCCAUCAAUCCUCCAGCUCUGGCCAAUAUGGCUCAGGCUCGAAUAAGUCCUCUAGCUCUGGUCAAUAUGGCUCAGGUUCAGGUCACUCAUCAGGCAGCAAGGGACAUGGAUCUAGUUCAGGUGGAAAGUCAAGCAGCUCUGGAGGACGAGGACAUAGCUCCAAAUCGGGCUCAGGUCACUCCUCAGGCUCUAAGGGACAGGGAUCUAGAUCAGGUCAUUCCUCCCGCUCUGGCAGACAUGGUUCAAGCUCAAGCCAAUCUUCUCAGAGAGGACACAGGUCCAGCUCAGGGGAGGAAUCAUCCAAUAAGUCCUCUAGCUCUGGUCAAUAUGGCUCAGGUUCAGGUCACUCAUCAGGCAGCAAGGGACAUGGAUCUAGCUCCAAUAAGUCCUCUAGCUCUGGUCAAUAUGGCUCAGGUUCAGGUCACUCAUCAGGCAGCAAGGGACAUGGAUCUAGUUCAGGUGGAAAGUCAAGCAGCUCUGGAGGAAGAGGACAUAGCUCCAGUUCCUCCAGUUCUCAGAGACAUCGCUCUGGCUCUGCCUCUGGCUCAGGCUCUGGGUCAGAAUCCUGUUCAUGCUCAGGCUCAGAAUCGGGCUCAGGUCACUCCUCAGGCUCUAAGGGACAGGGAUCUAGAUCAGGUCAUUCCUCCCGCUCUGGCAGACAUGGUUCAAGCUCAAGCCAAUCCUCUCAGAGAGGACACAGGUCCAGCUCAGGGGAGGAAUCAGUGAGCUCUGGCCGGAAAGGAAGUAGUAGUGGCAGCUCCCAUCAGUCCUCUAGCUCUAGCCAAUAUGGCUCUCGAUCAGGGAGGUCAUCUAGCAGCAAGGGACAUGGAUCUAGUUCAGGGAAACAGUCAGGAAGCUCUGGAGCCAAGGGAGGCAGUUCCAGCUCCCAUCAAUCCUCCAGCUCUGGCCAAUAUGGCUCUGGCUCUAAAAGCUCUGGUUCUGGCUCUGGAUCCUGUUCAGGCUCAGGCUCAGGCUCAGGCUCAGGCUCAGGCUCAGGCUCAGGCUCCAAUAAGUCCUCUAGCUCUGGUCAAUAUGGCUCAGGUUCAGGUCACUCAUCAGGCAGCAAGGGACAUGGAUCUAGUUCAGGGAAACAGUCAGGAAGCUCUGGAGCCAAGGGAGGCAGUUCCAGCUCCCAUCAAUCCUCCAGCUCUGGCCAAUAUGGCUCUGGCUCUAAAAGCUCUGGUUCUGGCUCUGGAUCCUGUUCAGGCUCAGGCUCAGGCUCAGGCUCGAAUAAGUCCUCUAGCUCUGGUCAAUAUGGCUCAGGUUCAGGUCACUCAUCAGGCAGCAAGGGACAUGGAUCUAGUUCAGGCUCAGAAUCGGGCUCAGGUCACUCCUCAGGCUCUAAGGGACAGGGAUCUAGAUCAGGUCAUUCCUCCCGCUCUGGCAGACAUGGUUCAAGCUCAAGCCAAUCCUCUCAGAGAGGACACAGGUCCAGCUCAGGGGAGGAAUCAGUGAGCUCUGGCAGGAAAGGAAGUAGUAGUGGCAGCUCCCAUCAGUCCUCUAGCUCUAGCCAAUAUGGCUCUCGAUCAGGGAGGUCAUCUAGCAGCAAGGGACAUGGAUCUAGUUCAGGGAAACAGUCAGGAAGCUCUGGAGCCAAGGGAGGCAGUUCCAGCUCCCAUCAAUCCUCCAGCUCUGGCCAAUAUGGCUCUGGCUCCAAUAAGUCCUCUAGCUCUGGUCAAUAUGGCUCAGGUUCAGGUCACUCAUCAGGCAGCAAGGGACAUGGAUCUAGUUCAGGUGGAAAGUCAAGCAGCUCUGGAGGAAGAGGACAUAGCUCCAAAUCGGGCUCAGGUCACUCCUCAGGCUCUAAGGGACAGGGAUCUAGAUCAGGUCAUUCCUCCCGCUCUGGCAGACAUGGAAGUAGUAGUGGCAGCUCCCAUCACUCUGGCCAAUAUGGCUCUGGCUCUAAAAGCUCUGGUUCUGGCUCUGGAUCCUGUUCAGGCUCAGGCUCAGGCUCAGGCUCAGGCUCCAAUAAGUCCUCUAGCCCUGGUCAAUAUGGCUCAGGUUCAGGUCACUCAUCAGGCAGCAAGGGACAUGGAUCUAGUUCAGGUGGAAAGUCAAGCAGCUCUGGAGGAAGAGGACAUAGCUCCAGUUCCUCCAGACACAGGUCCAGCUCAGGGGAGGAAUCAGUGAGCUCUGGCCGGAAAGGAAGUAGUAGUGGCAGCUCCCAUCAGUCCUCUAGCUCUAGCCAAUAUGGCUCUCGAUCAGGGAGGUCAUCUAGCAGCAAGGGACAUGGAUCUAGUUCAGGGAAACAGUCAGGAAGCUCUGGAGCCAAGGGAGGCUCCAAUAAGUCCUCUAGCUCUGGUCAAUAUGGCUCAGGUUCAGGACACUCAUCAGGCAGCAAGGGACAUGGAUCUAGUUCAGGGAAACAAUCAGGACGCUCUGGAGCCAAGGGAGGCAGUUCCAGCUCCCAUCAAUCCUCCAGCUCUGGCCAAUAUGGCUCUGGCUCUAAAAGCUCUGGUUCUGGCUCUGGAUCCUGUUCAGGCUCAGGCUCAGGCUCAGGCUCAGGCUCCAAUAAGUCCUCUAGCUCUGGUCAAUAUGGCUCAGGUUCAGGUCACUCAUCAGGCAGCAAGGGACAUGGAUCUAGUUCAGGUGGAAAGUCAAGCAGCUCUGGAGGAAGAGGACAUAGCUCCAGUUCCUCCAGUUCUCAGAGACAUCGCUCUGGCUCUGCCUCUGGCUCAGGCUCUGGGUCAGAAUCCUGUUCAUGCUCAGGCUCAGAAUCGGGCUCAGGUCACUCCUCAGGCUCUAAGGGACAGGGAUCUAGAUCAGGUCAUUCCUCCCGCUCUGGCAGACAUGGUUCAAGCUCAAGCCAAUCCUCUCACAGAGGACACAGGUCCAGCUCAGGGGAGGAAUCAGGCCAAUAUGGCUCUGGCUCUAAAAGCUCUGGUUCUGGCUCUGGAUCCUGUUCAGGCUCAGGCUCAGGCUCAGGCUCAGGCUCAGGCUCCAAUAAGUCCUCUAGCUCUGGUCAAUAUGGCUCAGGUUCAGGUCACUCAUCAGGCAGCAAGGGACAUGGAUCUAGUUCAGGGAAACAGUCAGGAAGCUCUGGAGCCAAGGGAGGCAGUUCCAGCUCCCAUCAAUCCUCCAGCUCUGGCCAAUAUGGCUCAGGCUCCAAUAAGUCCUCUAGCUCUGGUCAAUAUGGCUCAGGUUCAGGUCACUCAUCAGGCAGCAAGGGACAUGGAUCUAGUUCAGGUGGAAAGUCAAGCAGCUCUGGAGGAAGAGGACAUAGCUCCAGUUCCUCCAGUUCUCAGAGACAUCGCUCUGGCUCUGCCUCUGGCUCAGGCUCUGGGUCAGAAUCCUGUUCAUGCUCAGGCUCAGAAUCGGGCUCAGGUCACUCCUCAGGCUCUAAGGGACAGGGAUCUAGAUCAGGUCAUUCCUCCCGCUCUGGCAGACAUGGUUCAAGCUCAAGCCAAUCCUCUCACAGAGGACACAGGUCCAGCUCAGGGGAGGAAUCAGGCUCAGGCUCAGGCUCCAAUAAGUCCUCUAGCUCUGGUCAAUAUGGCUCAGGUUCAGGUCACUCAUCAGGCAGCAAGGGACAUGGAUCUAGUUCAGGGAAACAAUCAGGAAGCUCUGGAGCCAAGGGAGGCAGUUCCAGCUCCCAUCAAUCCUCCAGCUCUGGCCAAUAUGGCUCUGGCUCUAAAAGCUCUGGUUCUGGCUCUGGAUCCUGUUCAGGCUCAGGCUCAGGCUCAGGCUCAGGCUCCAAUAAGUCCUCUAGCUCUGGUCAAUAUGGCUCAGGUUCAGGUCACUCAUCAGGCAGCAAGGGACAUGGAUCUAGUUCAGGACAUAGCUCCAGUUCCUCCAGCUCAGAAUCGGGCUCAGGUCACUCCUCAGGCUCUAAGGGACAGGGAUCUAGAUCAGGUCAUUCCUCCCGCUCUGGCAGACAUGGUUCAAGCUCAAGCCAAUCCUCUCAGAGAGGACACAGGUCCAGCUCAGGGGAGGAAUCAGUGAGCUCUGGCCGGAAAGGAAGUAGUAGUGGCAGCUCCCAUCAGUCCUCUAGCUCUAGCCAAUAUGGCUCUCGAUCAGGGAGACAUGGUUCAAGCUCAAGCCAAUCCUCUCAGAGAGGACACAGGUCCAGCUCAGGGGAGGAAUCAGUGAGCUCUGGCCGGAAAGGAAGUAGUAGUGGCAGCUCCCAUCAGUCCUCUAGCUCUAGCCAAUAUGGCUCUCGAUCAGGGAGGUCAUCUAGCAGCAAGGGACAUGGAUCUAGCUCCAAUAAGUCCUCUAGCCCUGGUCAAUAUGGCUCAGGUUCAGGUCACUCAUCAGGCAGCAAGGGACAUGGAUCUAGUUCAGGUGGAAAGUCAAGCAGCUCUGGAGGAAGAGGACAUAGCUCCAGUUCCUCCAGUUCUCAGAGACAUCGCUCUGGCUCUGCCUCUGGCUCAGGCUCUGGGUCAGAAUCCUGUUCAUGCUCAGGCUCAGAAUCGGGCUCAGGUCACUCCUCAGGCUCUAAGGGACAGGGAUCUAGAUCAGGUCAUUCCUCCCGCUCUGGCAGACAUGGUUCAAGCUCAAGCCAAUCCUCUCACAGAGGACACAGGUCCAGCUCAGGGGAGGAAUCAGUGAGCUCUGGCCGGAAAGGAAGUAGUAGUGGCAGCUCCCAUCAGUCCUCUAGCUCUAGCCAAUAUGGCUCUCGAUCAGGGAGGUCCAAUAAGUCCUCUAGCUCUGGUCAAUAUGGCUCAGGUUCAGGACACUCAUCAGGCAGCAAGGGACAUGGAUCUAGCUCCAAUAAGUCCUCUAGCUCUGGUCAAUAUGGCUCAGGUUCAGGUCACUCAUCAGGCAGCAAGGGACAUGGAUCUAGUUCAGGUGGAAAGUCAAGCAGCUCUGGAGGAAGAGGACAUAGCUCCAGUUCCUCCAGUUCUCAGAGACAUCGCUCUGGCUCUGCCUCUGGCUCAGGCUCUGGGUCAGAAUCCUGUUCAUGCUCAGGCUCAGAAUCGGGCUCAGGUCACUCCUCAGGCUCUAAGGGACAGGGAUCUAGAUCAGGUCAUUCCUCCCGCUCUGGCAGACAUGGUUCAAGCUCAAGCCAAUCCUCUCACAGAGGACACAGGUCCAGCUCAGGGGAGGAAUCAGUGAGCUCUGGCCGGAAAGGAAGUAGUAGUGGCAGCUCCCAUCAGUCCUCUAGCUCUAGCCAAUAUGGCUCUCGAUCAGGGAGGUCAUCUAGCAGCAAGGGACAUGGAUCUAGUUCAGGGAAACAGUCAGGAAGCUCUGGAGCCAAGGGAGGCAGUUCCAGCUCCCAUCAAUCCUCCAGCUCUGGCCAAUAUGGCUCUGGCUCUAAAAGCUCUGGCUCAGGCUCAGGCUCAGGCUCAGGCUCCAAUAAGUCCUCUAGCUCUGGUCAAUAUAGCUCAGGUUCAGGUCACUCAUCAGGCAGCAAGGGACAUGGAUCUAGUUCAGGUGGAAAGUCAAGCAGCUCUGGAGGACGAGGACAUAGCUCCAGUUCCUCCAGUUCUCAGAGACAUCGCUCUGGCUCUGCCUCUGCCUCUGGCUCAGGCUCUGGGUCAGAAUCCUGUUCAUGCUCAGGCUCAGAAUCGGGCUCAGGUCACUCCUCAGGCUCUAAGGGACAGGGAUCUAGAUCAGGUCAUUCCUCCCGCUCUGGCAGACAUGGUUCAAGCUCAAGCCAAUCCUCUCACAGAGGACACAGGUCCAGCUCAGGGGAGGAAUCAGUGAGCUCUGGCCGGAAAGGAAGUAGUAGUGGCAGCUCCCAUCAGUCCUCUAGCUCUAGCCAAUAUGGCUCUCGAUCAGGGAGACAUGGUUCAAGCUCAAGCCAAUCCUCUCAGAGCGGACACAGGUCCAGCUCAGGGGAGGAAUCAGGCCAAUAUGGCUCUGGCUCUAAAAGCUCUGGUUCUGGCUCUGGAUCCUGUUCAGGCUCAGGCUCAGGCUCAGGCUCAGGCUCAGGCUCCAAUAAGUCCUCUAGCUCUGGUCAAUAUGGCUCAGGUUCAGGUCACUCAUCAGGCAGCAAGGGACAUGGAUCUAGCUCCAAUAAGUCCUCUAGCUCUGGUCAAUAUGGCUCAGGUUCAGGUCACUCAUCAGGCAGCAAGGGACAUGGAUCUAGUUCAGGUGGAAAGUCAAGCAGCUCUGGAGGAAGAGGACAUAGCUCCAGUUCCUCCAGUUCUCAGAGACAUCGCUCUGGCUCUGCCUCUGGCUCAGGCUCUGGGUCAGAAUCCUGUUCAUGCUCAGGCUCAGAAUCGGGCUCAGGUCACUCCUCAGGCUCUAAGGGACAGGGAUCUAGAUCAGGUCAUUCCUCCCGCUCUGGCAGACAUGGUUCAAGCUCAAGCCAAUCCUCUCAGAGAGGACACAGGUCCAGCUCAGGGGAGGAAUCAGUGAGCUCUGGCCGGAAAGGAAGUAGUAGUGGCAGCUCCCAUCAGUCCUCUAGCUCUAGCCAAUAUGGCUCUCGAUCAGGGAGGUCAUCUAGCAGCAAGGGACAUGGAUCUAGUUCAGGGAAACAGUCAGGAAGCUCUGGAGCCAAGGGAGGCAGUUCCAGCUCCCAUCAAUCCUCCAGCUCUGGCCAAUAUGGCUCUGGCUCUAAAAGCUCUGGUUCUGGCUCUGGAUCCUGUUCAGGCUCAGGCUCAGGCUCAGGCUCAGGCUCCAAUAAGUCCUCUAGCUCUGGUCAAUAUGGCUCAGGUUCAGGUCACUCAUCAGGCAGCAAGGGACAUGGAUCUAGCUCCAAUAAGUCCUCUAGCUCUGGUCAAUAUGGCUCAGGUUCAGGUCACUCAUCAGGCAGCAAGGGACAUGGAUCUAGUUCAGGUGGAAAGUCAAGCAGCUCUGGAGGAAGAGGACAUAAAUCGGGCUCAGGUCACUCCUCAGGCUCUAAGGGACAGGGAUCUAGAUCAGGUCAUUCCUCCCGCUCUGGCAGACAUGGUUCAAGCUCAAGCCAAUCCUCUCAGAGAGGACACAGGUCCAGCUCAGGGGAGGAAUCAGGCUCAGGCUCAGGCUCCAAUAAGUCCUCUAGCUCUGGUCAAUAUGGCUCAGGUUCAGGUCACUCAUCAGGCAGCAAGGGACAUGGAUCUAGUUCAGGGAAACAAUCAGGAAGCUCUGGAGCCAAGGGAGGCAGUUCCAGCUCCCAUCAAUCCUCCAGCUCUGGCCAAUAUGGCUCUGGCUCUAAAAGCUCUGGUUCUGGCUCUGGAUCCUGUUCAGGCUCAGGCUCAGGCUCAGGCUCAGGCUCCAAUAAGUCCUCUAGCUCUGGUCAAUAUGGCUCAGGUUCAGGUCACUCAUCAGGCAGCAAGGGACAUGGAUCUAGUUCAGGUGGAAAGUCAAGCAGCUCUGGAGGAAGAGGACAUAGCUCCAGCUCUGGGUCAGAAUCCUGUUCAUGCUCAGGCUCAGAAUCGGGCUCAGGUCACUCCUCAGGCUCUAAGGGACAGGGAUCUAGAUCAGGUCAUUCCUCCCGCUCUGGCAGACAUGGUUCAAGCUCAAGCCAAUCCUCUCAGAGAGGACACAGGUCCAGCUCAGGGGAGGAAUCACUCCUCUCCAACACCAGAAUGGAGAUCACGUUCACCACAGACUCAACAGGCUCCCAUCUGCACUACACCUUCAUGCUGCAUGUGACAUACCCCUCAACCACUCAGCACUUUACCCCAGACAGUGUAGGGAAAAAGCAUUCCCAUUAA